AAAACUGCGCAUGUGCGCAGUGGGAGGUGCGGGAGGGUGUUCGGUGGUGGCUGAGACCGGCGGGUAUGGCGGUUCGGGGUAAACUGAUCGCGGUGUUGGGGGACGAGGACACCUGCACCGGCUUCCUGCUGGGCGGCAUCGGUGAGCUCAACAAGAAUCGGAGGCCCAACUUUCUGGUAGUGGAGAAGGAGACGAGCGUGGCGGAAAUCGAGGAGACUUUCAAAAGUUUCUUGAGUCGUGAUGACAUCGGGAUCAUUCUGAUCAAUCAGUACAUUGCGGAAAUGAUUCGGCACGUCAUUGAUGCACAUACACUGUCCAUUCCUGCUGUGCUGGAGAUCCCAUCAAAAGAGCACCCGUACGAUGCUUCCAAAGACUCCAUCCUCCGGCGUGCCAAGGGAAUGUUCAGUACUGAUGACUUCCGGUAGAUGGACUAUACAGUGCCAGCCGUGCAUCGCUGCUGGCUCCCGUCGCUGUGUUGUCAUAUUAUAUGUUGUAUAGAGUGUUGAUUCCUCUGGUCCAACGUGCAGAGUGCUGAUUCCUCUGCUGUCAAAUCCUAGCCAGACUUUGCAGCAAGCAAUCCCACUGUGAACUGGUGAUCCCAACCCACCAUUUAGUGACCUUUCACCCACUACAAAUAUGAGUAAUGGAAUCACAACUGAAGCAUUUUUGAGCAUGAUUUAAUUUCCAUUCAAUUCUGUACCAGCCCUGGGAGUAUUUGAUGGGACUGUUUCAAGUGGCGCUCUAGGCUGUAGCCAGUACUGUGCCUGCCCUAGUUUAAAUCAAUCCUGUGCUAACUGUUGAUAUUUGAGAUUGCUCUGUGUCGUGCCUAUUGGAGGGAGUAGGGAAGAGGGAAAACGUUAUCAAAAUUGAAAUUAAAGCUGCUAGUAAUUGGCUGCUGUGAGGUGUUUGUGCAGAAAGCACUGAUACUCAGGCUGAAAGGGUGGGUUCAAGCUCCAAGCUCUUAGUUGGGUUACAUGCCACUAAACAGGAUGGUUGGUGCUGAAAAUUCUGUGUUGAGGUCUUGGUUUGUGCUAGUUAACAGAAGCUGGAUGUGGUUCUGAUCUGGUCCUAUCAAGUCUUCACGUUGUAUAUUUAUUAUGUUGCUUGUCCCUGAUUGUUAUGUCAAUAAAUAAACUAACAUUGGAGGUUCA